AUGGUGCCCUUUCAAUUUCUUAGUUCAUUGAAACUGGCCAAUAAUAGUAAUAUUUGUAAACAGGAAGUUACUGACAAUGACUUUGACAUUAUCUUGAAUUUCCCUGAAUGUGGCUUCUAUGGACUGUACGAUAAGAUCCUGCUUUUUCGCCAUGACCCUACCUCUGAGAACAUCCUGCAGCUGGUGAAAACUGCCGGUGAUAUUCAGGAGGGCGACCUUAUUGAAGUUGUCUUGUCAGCUUCUGCCACCUUUGAAGACUUUCAGAUCCGUCCCCACACUCUCUUUGUUCAUUCAUACCGCGCUCCCGCUUUCUGUGACCACUGCGGAGAAAUGCUGUGGGGCCUGGUACGUCAAGGCCUCAAGUGUGAAGGAUGUGGUCUGAAUUACCAUAAGAGGUGUGCUUUUAAAAUUCCCAAUAAUUGUAGUGGAGUAAGGCGGAGAAGGCUCUCGAACAUUUCCCUCACUGGGCUCAGCAGUGUCCGUACUGCGUCUACUGAGCUUUCCACCAGCGCCCCUGAUGAGCCCCUUCUGUCUCCUGUGAGUCCUGGCUUUGAGCAAAAGUCACCGUCCGAGUCACUUCUCGGCCGCGAGAAGAGAUCGAAUUCUCAGUCCUACAUUGGACGACCCAUUCAGCUGGACAAGAUUUUGAUGUCCAAAGUGAAGGUGCCGCACACCUUCGUCAUCCACUCCUACACGCGGCCCACAGUGUGCCAGUACUGCAAGAAGCUGCUCAAGGGCCUUUUCCGGCAGGGCUUGCAGUGCAAAGAUUGCCGAUUCAACUGUCAUAAGCGUUGUGCACCCAAAGUUCCAAACAACUGCCUGGGGGAAGUGAGCAUUAAUGGAGAUUUACUCGGCCCCGGGGCAGAGUCGGAUGUGGUCAUGGAAGAAGGGAGCGAUGACAAUGACAGUGAAAGGAACAGCGGGCUCAUGGAUGACAUGGAAGAAGCAAUGGUGCAAGAUGCGGAGAUGGUCAUGGCAGAAGGCCAGAGUGACAGUGGGGACAUGCAGGAUCCGGACCAAGACCACGAGGACUCCACCAGAACCAUCAGUCCAUCAACAAGCAACAAUAUCCCCCUCAUGCGAGUGGUGCAGUCUGUCAAACACACCAAGAGGAAAAGCAGUACAGUGAUGAAAGAAGGAUGGAUGGUCCACUACACCAGCAAGGAUGCACUGAGGAAACGUCACUAUUGGAGAUUGGAUAGCAAAUGUAUUACUCUCUUUCAAAAUGACACAGGAAGCAGGUACUAUAAGGAAAUUCCUUUAUCAGAAAUUUUAUCUCUGGAACCAGCAAAAACUGCAGCUUCAAAUCUUGAUGGGGCCAAUCCUCAUUGUUUUGAAAUCACCACAGCGAAUGUAGUAUAUUAUGUGGGAGAAAAUGUGGUCAAUCCUGCCAGCCCACCCCCAAAUAAUAGUGUCCUCACCAGUGGCGUUGGUUCAGAUGUGGCCAGGAUGUGGGAGAUGGCCAUCCAGCAUGCCCUGAUGCCUGUCAUCCCCAAGGGACCGUCUGUGGGAUCAGGAACCAACUUGCACAGAGACAUUGCUGUGAGUAUUUCAGUAUCGAAUUGCCAGAUUCAAGAAAACGUGGACAUCAGUACAGUAUAUCAAAUAUUUCCCGAUGAAGUACUUGGUUCUGGGCAGUUUGGAAUUGUUUAUGGAGGAAAACAUCGUAAAACAGGAAGAGAUGUAGCUAUUAAAAUCAUUGACAAAUUAAGAUUUCCAACAAAACAAGAAAGCCAGCUUCGGAACGAGGUUGCGAUUCUGCAGAACCUUCAUCACCCCGGUGUUGUAAAUUUGGAGUGUAUGUUUGAAACGCCUGAAAGAGUGUUUGUUGUUAUGGAAAAACUCCAUGGAGACAUGCUGGAGAUGAUCCUGUCAAGUGAAAGGGGCAGGUUGCCAGAGCACAUCACGAAGUUUUUAAUUACUCAGAUACUAGUGGCUUUGCGACAUCUUCACUUCAAAAAUGUUGUUCACUGCGACCUCAAACCAGAAAAUGUGUUGCUAGCAUCAGCAGAGCCUCUCCCUCAGGUAAAGCUUUGUGAUUUCGGUUUUGCCCGGAUCAUUGGAGAGAAGUCUUUCCGAAGGUCAGUGGUGGGCACCCCAGCUUACCUGGCUCCUGAGGUUCUAAGGAACAAGGGCUAUAAUCGCUCUCUAGACAUGUGGUCUGUUGGCGUAAUCAUUUAUGUAAGUCUAAGCGGCACAUUCCCAUUUAAUGAAGAUGAAGACAUACAUGACCAAAUCCAGAAUGCAGCUUUCAUGUACCCACCGAAUCCCUGGAAAGAAAUCUCUCACGAAGCUAUUGAUCUUAUUAAUAAUUUGCUGCAAGUGAAAAUGAGAAAACGUUAUAGUGUGGAUAAGACCUUGAGUCAUCCCUGGCUACAGGAUUAUCAGACUUGGCUAGAUUUACGGGAGCUGGAAUGCAAAAUUGGGGAACGCUACAUCACCCAUGAAAGCGAUGACUCGCGGUGGGAGCAGUAUGCAGGCGAGCAGGGGCUGCAGUACCCGGCACACCUGAUCAAUCUGAGUGCUAGCCACAGUGACAGUCCCGAAAGAGAAGAAACAGAGAUGCAAGCCCUCAGUGAGCGUGUCAGCAUCCUCUGAGUUCCAGCCUCUCUAAUCUGUCAAAACACUGUGGAAUUAAUAAAUACAUACGGUCAGGUUUAACAUUUGCCUUGCAGAACUGCCAUUAUUUUCUGUCAGAUGAGAACAAAGCUGUUAAACUGUUAGCACUGUUGAUGUCUCUGAGUUGCCAAGACAAAUCAACAGAAGCAUUUGUAUUUUGUGUGACCAACUGUGUUGUAUUAACAAAAGUUCCCUGAAACACUAAACUUGUUAUUGUGAAUGAUUCAUGUUAUAUUUAAUACAUUAAACCUGUCUCCACUGUG